AGGUGUUCUCAACCGUGGAACAAAUGUUCGGCAAACGCGUGUUUCACGGGGACAAUAGUGAAUGGUGCACACUUCCUUCGCCAAGCCACAGAACAAAAAAUCACAUUUAAGAGUUGCUGGUGUAACAAUUGGAAGAACCCAUUUGACUCCUCUAUUGUACAUGCAGCUAAUGAGAUACACAUUGAACUAGAUCCAUGGACAAUAUACGAUGUAGUGGACAGCUGAAAAGAAAAGCAGAGCAGACCCAUGACGAUGAGCCACCACAAAAAAGGAAGAAGACCCCGCUUGAGAGAACACAUGAAUAUCGAGAGAACAUAAAAAAGGAUCCUGAACAGUACAACAUUUUCCGACAGCAUGAGAAUUUUAGGAAUAGGCUGUAUCGCGAACGUCGAAGCGAAGAAGCGAUUGUCAGAGACAGGGAGCUUGCUCGUGUAAGGGCACAGCGCUAUAGAGAGCGGAAAAAAGAUAAUCCUUCGAAUGAACCACGGAAAACUAGAAAGGCUGCAGAAAAGACUCGGACAGACAAUUGUAACAAGGUUAAAAAUUGGCGGGCUAAUCUGAGUGAUGAAAAGAAAGAAGAAAUUAAACGCAAACGAAAAGAGGCGUACGCGGCAAAGAAAAAGAAAGAAAGCAUGCGAAAUUCAAAUGUUAAUCCCGGCCCUAAUAGUCCGCAGACUUUUAGCCCAUAUCCUAGUGAUCGUUCCAGUAUUAGUCAAAGUCAUACUCCCCAAGACUCGCAGUCGCCAGAAACUCCAAAAAGUGGGAAUAGUGUUAGGCAGGCUCGUCAUAGAUUUAGACGACAGCUGAUGAAAAUUUUACCAUCAAUAAAUACGAGGGCAGAUGUGUUAAGUAACGGCAUUCAAAUGCUGUCGCCUCGUUCAAGACAGGCCUUGGAUAAAAAGAUUCAUAUCAUCAGUCCAAAAUCAAGGAAAAAGUUGAUGAUCUGUAAAGAUGUGUCCUCUGCUGUUAAGCGUCAAUUUGAACAAAUUAAACACAAACGGUCCACCAAAGAUCUAAUUGUACGACGACUCAUCGCAAAUGCCAUCAAGCAAAAUCGCGAUGCAUUGAACUAUUUCAAUGUAAGCCGUAUACUGAAAAAAAGGAUGGACUCAAAAACUCCACUGACAGUCACCCCAGCCACUGAUGGUAACGUCCCAGCUCCACUGACAGUCGCCCCAGCCACUGAUGGUAGCGUCCCGGCCCCACUGAUAGCUAAGUCACGGGCAAAGAUAGGAGACUUUGUUGAGGUACUGGUUUAUCCAAAAAAUGGAAAUAACUCCAAGGCCAAAACAUACCUUGCUAACGUUCAAGCAAUUUGUCCGACCGGUAAAGAUGUCCGGUUUCUCAAGAAACAGGGCACUUUUUACGUCUGGUCGGCAUUGCAUGACCGGUCCAUUGUUAAUGAUGAAGAUAUCGUUACGAUCUUGCCUAUUCCAAGAAUUAAUAGCAGAGGACAUGAUUAAAAAAAAAUACAUGUACACUGAAAUGGUUCAAUUUAUAAGGCCUAAAUUAAAAUUUAGUUUGUUUGCAAUUGUCGACUGACCCACUACUUUUCUGCCUACCCAAAAGUUUUUAUUGGCCUGUCCAGGAGUGAAUUUUUUUCUUCUAUCAAAUACACUGCUCAAAAAAAUUAAAGGAACAGUUUUUUAUCAGGGUAUGGCAUGAAUUCAAUUGCACUUUUCUGAUAAGGUUUUGGUCAGGUACGUGGCAGAGGGGGUUGUUAAUCAGUUUCAGCUGCAUUGGUGUUGGUGGAAUUAACAACAGGUGCGCAACAAUGAGAUGGCCCCCAAAACAGGACUGGUUUUGCAGGUGGAGGCCAUUUCAAGUUCCUCCCUCUUGAUCUUUUUUAACUGUUUUUCUACAAGUGUUGGCUUUAGCUAGAGUCAUUAUCACGACUGGGAGCUUGAGGCGAUUUCUUAACCCUCCUGAAGUUGCGCAGAUUGUCCUACUCCUCCAGGAUGGCACAUCCAUGCGUGCUGUUGCAAGAAGAUUUGAUGUGUCUCCCAGUACAAUCUCCAGAGCAUGGAGGAGAUUCAAGGACACAGGCAGUUACUCUAGGAGAGCUGGACAGGGCCGUAGACGGUCCUCAUCCCAUCAGCAGGACCGAUAUCUGCUGCUUUGUGCAAGGAGGAACAGGUUGAGCACUGCCCGAGCCCUACAGAAUGACCUCCAGCAGGCUACUGGUGUGAAUGUCUCUGCCCAAACAGUCAAACAGACUUCAAGAGGGUGGCCUCAGGGCACGACGUCCUGUAGUGUGCCCUGUGCUCACUGCUCAGAACCGUGGAGCUCGAUUGGCA